CCCGAAUUACCGCUGUCGUACUACUUAGGUGUUCUCGGCAUGCCAGGCCUUAGUGCAUAUGCUGGAUUUUUCGAUGUGUCCAAGCCAAAAAAGGGCGACUAUCUGUUUAUCUCGGCAGCAUCAGGCGCCGUCGGACAACUUGUCGGGCAGCUUGCCAAGAUCACAGGUUCCUAUGUAGUUGGCAGUGCCGGUUCUGAUGAGAAGGUCAACCUCCUGAAAACAAAGUUUGGAUUCGACGAUGCCUUCAACUACAAGACGGAACAGGACCUCAACGCCGCACUAAAGAGGUGCUUCCCGGAGGGCAUUGACAUCUACUUCGACAAUGUGGGUGGUGCGAUAUUAGACGCUGCGCUACUCAACAUGAGGCUGCACGGGCGGGUGGCCAUGUGCGGGUUGAUUUCGCAGUACAACCUGGAGCUGCAUGAGGGCGUGCGCAACCUUGCCUGCGUCGUUACCAAGCGCGUCCGCAUAGAGGGGUUCAUCGUGACGGAGUACUUCGGCACCUACCGCAAGUUCGAAGAGGAG